GUCCUGACGGAUGACACCGUGGCGAUGGCGAAUAUAGUUGAGCAAACCCGAAAACUUGUGAAAGAUGACGAGGAAUGCGUUGAAGAGCGUCGCAACAAAUGGAUAUGUCUUCCUGGGCCGCAUCACCCCGAAUACUUUGAAAACUACUGCGUGACUGAAGACCCAAGCCGGAUUUUUGAGAAUCGACCAAAAGAACACUGGAAGUUUUAUAUGCCAAACAGGGGCCCAAUAGACCCCUACCGUAUCUGGAAGAUAGAUAAGCGAGGGUUCCGCCACGAUGAUUGGUACAAUGCACCCAAUGACUGCUUCGAAAAGAAUGAGAAGGCAAGACACACUUUUAUCAUAGUAAAGUACACCUGGAGAUUUUACACAGCUUACUACCGUGAAAAUCAUCAUAAUCUUAUUCCGCGCUCUGAACAAUUGACAGAUUUUUGGGAAAGACAUCCUGCUCGUCUUCUGAACGACUUUGUAUACCGAAAACCGGACUACUACAUCAAACACACUGAAGAAACUCAAAAAAAUUGCUUAAACAAACAAGUGCCACCCUUCAAGGCACCCUCGCGAAAGAAGAUAAGUGAGCGCUGCCUCAUGCGCCUGCAAUUCGCAACUAAUAAUUAUCGCACUAUUGACGACGGCUUUGCAGUUGAUUUCAACGAAUAA